AAAAAAGAAAAAAGGGUCGCAACGCUUUCCUUCUUUUCGUCUCUCUCUCUCUCUAGCUCUCAAUUUCUCUCUCCUCUGUUUGUUCGUCUUCAUCUCACUCUUGUGACAUCAGUUCUCACCGUUGAUUUUCGGAACCCUAAUUUUGAUGCUCGGACAAGCUCUUAUUCAGUCAAUUGGAUUUCUUGCUGAAUGUAGUUAGGGCUUUCUUGUUCUAUUUCUGUUUGAGGAGUUAUUGUUGCGGCUGCUUAUACUUUGUUGUUCGGUCGAGACUCACUGAAGGUUAGGGUUUUUGUUUGAAGCAGUAGAUGACUGCGAGACAAGGGAAUAGCUGAGAUCAAACGGGUUGGUUUUCAUCACCGGAUGGAGGGAGGUAGCGUCUCUACACUUACUUCUUCUGCAGAGAUAAACCCAUGGAUUAUGACGACAAUGACUUUCAAAGCCAGAAUCUUCAUUUAGCUGGUGAAGGAAGUGCCAAAUUUCCUCCUGUUGUUCGGCAAUAUGCUCUCCCAAAGUUUGAUUUUGAUGAUACCCUUCAAGGGCAUGUAAGAUUUGAUAGCUUGGUUGAACCUGAGGUCUUCUUAGGUAUUGAGAACAACGAAGAUAAUCAGUGGAUUGAAGAUUAUUCUCGUGGAAGUAGUGGAAUAGGGUUUAGUUCUUGUGCAGCAGAAUCUUGUUCUAUAUUGAGACGGAAAAAUGUUUGGUCUGAGGCCACUUCCUCUGAAUCUGUUGAAAUGUUAUUGAAAUCCGUUGGGCAGGAAGAUAUCAAUCUGGCACCAACAGUUACCGGGGAGUCAAAUGCUCGUGAAAAAUUGGACUUCUUAACAAAUCCAAUGGACCCUACUUUAAAAGAUGACGGUAGUAGUUUCUGUGAAAUGGGCGAUUUACCAGAUAUAAAUCUUGAGGAAUUUCAUGUUGUUAAUGAGGACAUAGGAGGGGAGCAACAACAGCUUCAAAGGAUUGAUCCUACUGAGUUUCAAGAGGCUCAGACUGUUGAUAGAAGUUUAGGCAACGUUGAUCCUGGUGUCGCUCAUGAACUUGUAGACGUGCCAGCAAGUGAGGGAAGUCCUGGUAUUGAUGAAAACAGUAAGCAAACAUGUCCAAGUACAACCGAAACUUCAGCUGCCAUAUCCUUGGAAGAUAAAGGGCAAGAUGGUUUUUCUGAUUCAGGAAAGCAUAUAAAUGAUUUGGUUACUUGCACGCAUGAAGGCAGUGAAAAAUUGAGCAACCAGAAGAUUGAACAGAAAAUAAAAGAUCUAUGUGAGAAUCCAGUUAAUACAUAUAUUGAGAACACUGACCAAGUGGUCAAUUCACACGAGUUGAGUAAAGAUGACCAAAGCCCUCUUUUAUCACCCUCAGUUGCUACAGAAAGUUUGGUGAUCGAUUCUAGUAUUGCUAAUUUGCAGUCCCAUGCAAGUAUGACCUUGAAGGGGGAUUGUGUAUUCCAUUCAGGUAGUGGUGAGGUUACGUCGGAAGUUCCUGCUGAAAGUGGCAAGUUUGAUGAUAAGGUUUUGUGUACAAAUGUGGAGAUUGGGAAUCCGUCUGAAGCAAACAUGCAUGAGGUAUUACCUACGGUUGUUAAAGGUGAGGCUAGAUCUGAGGCGUGUGCAGGUGAGGCGAGAAACAUUAAUGCUGAAGUUUGUGCCUUUCAAGGGCCUAAGAGUGAUUCAGUUGAGCAGAUGGCUUGUGCACAGGAAAUAAUUAUUGAAGAUCAGCAGCAUUUUCCCUCGGGCAUUGAGAUACAAACUAGUAAGUCCGAGUAUUCUGCAUCUGCUAUGGAGGAAAAUGAUGCCUCCAAGGUUGGUGAAAGCAUCAGUGGUCAUAUCAGAGAUAUUCCUGAUAAAUUUCCUAAGGGUACACUUCCCUCGGAAGACUUGUAUUCUGAAGGCCAUUUGCCACCUACCACUGUGGCUGAGUCAACACAAUUAUGUGAAGAUAAUAAAUUGUGUCAGCCUGCUAAUGUCCAUGCUGAGCACGCCAGUGGAAAGGAAGGAGGGAUGUUGUCGUCUGAUUCUCUUAGUGUGGAUGGCAAGAUUGCUGAGUCUCCUGUCGCAGAUAAGAGAAUCAUAUCCUUGUCUUUUCAAGAGAGUGGUGUAGAAAGUGGGAUGAUAAAUACAAAAUUAGAGUACAGUGCUAAUACCGGUGAUGAAUCAGUAUCGGUUUCUGCCUUUGACGACGUUACUGAGGCAGUAUGUGGUACAUCAGUGUCUUCCCUUGACGAUGCUACUGAGGCAGUAUGUGGCACAUCAGUGGCUACCUUUGAGGAUGUCAAUGUGAAAACAUGUGGCACAUUACAGGGUGAGUCCUUACCUCCGGUUGAUGCUUUGACAAACAGAAAAGACGCUGAUGACAAAGAGGACCAGUUGCAACCUGCUCUGGUGGAGUCUACCCAAUCCGAUAGCAAAGAAGAAAGUGGUGUGAUGAUUCCUGCUGAAGGAAGACCUCCUCUGUUGGAUACUUCUCAACCUGUGGCGCUAUUUCAUCCUGUUUCUCAAGCUGAAAAAUCCGCUCAUGUCAUUACUGGCCAGGGAUUAGGUGAAAGUAUCGAUCAAUCUAUUUCAAAGGAUUUGAACACUGAGGGCUGCAACACAGAAAGCCAAUCUACACCUCAAGCAGAUGUUCCUAAUAAUGUUAUCCAGGACUGCAGACAGGAAAUGGACGUUGAUUCAGCUUUUUCGAAGUCAACUGAUAACGGUGUUGAACAGUCAGAUGUAAAAGCUUUUCCGCUUGAUGCGUUGUCUUUAACUCCACCGCCAGGAGAAACACUCAAUAAUUAUCAGAAAGAUCAGGAAAGUACUAAAGUUGUUUCAGAAUCUGUGGGAAAUAAUUGUCAGCAGGCUAUUGCAGUGAGCACUGACAGUGAUGCUGUCAAAAAGGAAAGUGCAUUAUGCUCUGCAGCUGUUCCAGAAUCUCAUGAACUGACGUCUGUGAUGGGUAAUGGUAAUUCUACUGCUGAUAAGCCUCCUCCUAAUGUACCCGAUGUUGUCAAAACUACUGUGGUUGCUCUUGAUCCAGAUGAAAAAUAUUGCAAUAAGGGGCCAUUGAGUAAGAAUGUUGAAGCUGCAGAGCCCAAGGGUAGGCUGGUUGGCAAUGCAUCGUCUGGUUCCCAGUUACCCAAAGGAAAUGGUGCCUCUGAAAGUGAGACAGUUCUUACCUUUGAGUCCAGUUCAUUGGUAGAUCUGCCAAAAAGUGAUUCUGGCAAUCCAGUUGCAUCAGCAGCUAAUGCUUCUUCGGUUGUGGAGGGACCCCAAUCAUCUUCUGGCCGAUCCAAAUUGGACGCCAAGAGUGCUCAGGGUAUUUCACACAGUAGCCCUCAGGUGUCUGAGGUAAAAGUUUCACGUGCUCGUUCCAAGAGCACUCCUGAGCGUAAACCUAGGCGUGCUUCUGUCGUAGGAUUGGGGAGAGCGUCGUCUACAAAGGGAAAUUUGAAGAAAUCGGAGAAAGUAGAGAAAUCUAACAGUACACCCAUAAGCAAUCCUGGAGUUUUCCAGCUUGCACUGUCCAAUGAGAUGCAACAUCAUGGACAUGUGGAGUCCAGUGGUGCAAAACCAUUUGUCUUUAUUGGUGCUUCGACUUCUAGCAUUCCAGACUUGAACAAUUCUGCCUCCCCAUCUACAAUGUUUCAACAGCCUUUCACAGACUUGCAGCAAGUUCAACUGCGUGCUCAGAUUUUUGUUUAUGGAGCUUUGAUUCAAGGUACAGCACCAGAUGAGGCGUACAUGUUGUCUGCAUUUGGAGGAACUGAUGGUGGAACAAACCUUUGGGAGAAUGCCUGGCGUAUGUGUGUAGACAGGUUUCAUGGAAAAAAAUCUCAGCCAGAGACACCAUCGCAAUCACAAUCCGGUAGUAGGAGUAAUGAGCAAGCAAAUAAACAAAGUACACUACAAAGUAAAACUAUAUCUGCUUCAGUUAGUCGAGUUAGCAGUAAGAGUACAUCAACAGUGAUAAAUCCUAUGAUCCCUCUUUCCUCACCACUCUGGAGUAUUUCCACACCUUCCAAUGCUCUGCAAUCUAGUAUUAUGCCUCGAAGUCCAGUCAUAGACUAUCCACAAGCACUUACUCCGUUGCAUCCAUAUCAGACUCCUCCUGUCAGGAAUUUUAUUGGUCAUAAUCUUUCAUGGUUUUCUCAGGCUCCAUUCCACAGUACCUGGGUUGCUACUCAGACUUCGACACCCGACUCCAGUGCACGAUUUUCUGGUUUGCCAAUUACUGAGCCAGUUCAUUUAACACCAUUGAAGGAAUCAUCUGUGCCACAAUCCUCUGCCGUGAAGCCCUCUGGUUCUAUGGUUCACGGUGGAACUCCUGGUAAUGUAUUUCCUGGGGCUGCCCCCCUGCUUGAGUUAAAAAAGGCAUCAGCAACCACGGGGCAAAAUUCCACUGAAUCAAAAAUGAGAAGAAGAAAGAAGACUACAGUUUCUGAGGAUCCUGGCCUUAUAACUAUGCAGGUUCAACCUCAUUUAAAACCAGUUUCAGCUGUAGUUACACCUGCAAUUUCUACUCUUGCAACAUCUCCAUCUGUACACCCUAAGGCAGUUUCUGAGAGUUUGAUUUUAUCUGCUCCUCCACUGUGUCCGACUACUCACCCAAUGACUGCAGAUCAAGAUUUGACAGGGAGAGCUAUGUUUUCAGAGGAAACACUUGGCAAGGUUAGGGAGGCUAAGCAACUGGCUGAGGAUGCUGCACUGUUUGCAUCUGAAGCUGUUAAACACAGUGCAGAAAUGUGGAGUCAAUUGAACAGGCAGAAGAAUUCAGAAUUAGUAUCAGACGUAGAAGCUAAACUAGCUUCGGCAGCUGUUGCUAUAGCAGCAGCUGCUACUGUUGCAAGGGCUGCGGCCGCCGCCGCCAGUGUGGCAUCAAAUGCUGCAUUCCAAGUAAAGUUGAUUGCUGAUGAGGCAUUGACUUCAUCUAGCCAUGAGAUCUCCUGUCCAAGCAAUGAAAUUUCUGUUCAUACUAGUGCUGUUGGUGUAGGGAAGGCCACUCCAGCCUCCAUCUUGAGGGGCGAAGAUGGAGGAAAUGGUUCCAGUUCUAUUAUUGUUGCCGCAAGGGAGGCAGCUAGAAAAAGGGUUGAAGCUGCAUCUGCAGCUUCUAAGCAUGCUGAAAAUGUAGAUGCCAUUGUCAAAGCUGCCGAACUGGCAGCAGCAGCUGUGUCACAAGCUGGAAAGUUAGUUGCUAUGGGCGAUCCUCCUCCCUUGAGUAAGUUAGUGGAAGCUGGUCCAGAGGGUUAUUGGAAAAGUCCUCAAGUAUCUUCUGAUGUGGUUAUGAGAUCAGACGAUGUUAAUGGAGGACGUUCCAAUUCAGCUAUUAAGCGUCAUAGAGAUGGAUCGUCAGGUAAGAAUGAAAUUCAGGUAAGUGCCAGUACCAAGUCAUCUAUUCCUGGAGAAAUGUCUAUGGGCGCUGUUGAGAACCAUCCCAGAUUGGUUGACGGCAUGACAAGUUGUGUAGCACCUCGUGAGAAGGAUCUGGGAGGACAGAAGGACCAAAUUGCUUCUGAUCUGACAAAAACCAUUGGUGUUGUUCCAGAAUCUGAAGUAGGCGAAAGAUCCUCCCAGGAUGAGUGUGAAAAGGCCAAGGAUUCAAGACAAAGUAGCAUCAGGGAAGGUUCCCAUGUUGAGGUUUUUAAGGAUGGGAAUGGAUUAAAAGCAUCUUGGUUCACAGCCGUUGUGCUGAGUUUGAAGGAAGGGCAAGCUUACGUUUCCUACACUGAACUUCAAUCUGAAGAAGGGCCAGGUGAGCUAAAGGAGUGGGUUGCACUCGAUGGUCAAGGGGGUAUGGCACCGAGAAUACGAAUUUCUCGUCCUAUGACUACCUUGCAGAAUGAAGGAACAAGGAAGAGACGCCGUGCAGCUAUUGGGGACUAUAUCUGGUCGGUUGGAGACAGAGUUGAUGCUUGGAUGCAGAAUAGCUGGCAUGAAGGAGUGGUCGUUGAGAAGGACGCAAAAGAUGAAGCAACAUAUAUUGUCCGCUUUCCAGAUCGAGGUGAAACGUCCACUAUCAAAGCUUGGAAUCUCCGACCAUCUCUCAUAUGGAAAGAUGGGGAAUGGUUUGAGUUGUCUGGCUCAUAUGUAAAUGAUUAUUCUCAUGAGAUUGUUGUGCCUCAGGAAAAACGUAUGAAGUUGGGCAGUCCAGCUGUAGAGGUUAAAAGGAAGGAUAAAAUGCCAACGAUUGUGGAGGAUGUCGAGUCGGCCAAACCAGCAGACCAGAGUUCGCUUUUUUUAUCAGCAAAUGAGAAAGUAUUCAAUAUUGGUAGGAAUACUCAAACUGAGAACAGGUCUAAUCCAUUAAAAACCAGUUGGACUGGUCUACAGAAGGGCACAUCGAGAGUGGUUAUUGGUGUUCCCAAACCUGGAAAAAAGAGAAAAUUUAUGGAAGUGAGCAAACAUUAUGAUGCAGACACUCGAACUACUAAAGCAAAUGAUUCAACUAAGUUGGCUAAGUAUUUGAUGCCGCAAGGAUCUACAUCCAAAGGAUUAAAAAGAACUUCAAAAUAUGAAACGAAGGAAAAAUCUGCAAACGCUGUGAAACCCAUGGCUGUGAAGUCCGGAAAGCAACCAAGUAUGUCAGAUCAUGCAGUUAUUACCAAGGAUUCUGAAAGCCAGAAUGAGAGCGCUUCGACGAAGAACAACCAAAUAGACGUUCCUUCUUUCUGCAGCACUGAAGAAGCACCAGAGGGCUCAGUCGUAUUUCCUCCAGCACACGCUUCCAAGAAAACAUCCUCAUUUCACACGAAGCUGGAACGAGCAAAUAAAGGAAAACUUGCUCCUGCAGUUGGGAAAUUGGCAAAAAUCGAGGAAAAAGAGGUUUUCAAUGGGAAUCCUACCAAACCAAAUUCUAAUGUUACUGAGCCACGGAGAUCCAACCGCCGUAUUCAGCCUACCUCAAGAUUAUUAGAGGGACUACAAAGCUCAUUGACAAUCUCGAAGAUUCCUUCUAUUUCACACGAUAAAGGUCAACGAAGCCAGAACAGGAAUGCAUCUAGAGGGAACAAAAUCUAAGGGGGGGGCUUAUUGCGAACUUGGGGUUUUAGGCCCAGGAAGAAACAUCCUCUGCAGAUAAUUAAUGUGACUUAACAGUAGUUUAUAUUGUUGUAUUUACUAUAUAGAUAAAUGUAGGAAAAAGGGAAACUCUUGCUUCCUUAGUUAUACUCCUACAAGUUUAGCUUUAGUUGUUCAUAUUGAUUGAAGUUCCCUCCUCACAUUUGUGUUCUCUCAAUCUCUCUCCUAUGCCAUAACAGGAUGUAUAUUGAAACUCUUCUUGUAGGUUGGUCUUGAAAUUCAAAAGAAGGUAGUUUGGUUAUUA